CUUGAAGCCAUGGCCCCCCUCACCCACCCGUCAAUUAAGGAUGGCUGGUUCCGCGAGAUCUCCUCCCAGUGGCCGGGCCAGGCCAUGACCCUUAAGGUCAACAAAAUUCUCCACGUCGAAAAGUCUCUCUACCAAGACGUGCUUGUCUUCGAGUCCGCCACCUACGGCAACGUUCUCAUCCUCGAUGGUGUCAUCCAGUGCACCGAGCGCGACGAAUUCUCGUACCAGGAGAUGAUCGCCCACAUUCCUUUGGCAAGCCACCCAGAUCCGAAGAAGGUCCUUGUCAUUGGCGGCGGCGACGGCGGCGUCGUGCGCGAGGUCCUCAAGCAUGACUCCGUCCAGGAGGUCGUCUUGUGCGACAUUGAUGAGGCCGUCAUCCGCGUGUCCAAGCAGUACCUCCCCCACAUGUCCGCCCUCCUCAACGACCCCCGUGUGACCGUCUUUGUCGGCGACGGCUUCAAGUUCCUCGCCGACAACACGUCCACCUACGACGUCAUCAUCACCGACUCCUCCGACCCCGUCGGCCCCGCCGCGUCCCUCUUCCAAAAGCCCUACUUUGAGCUCCUUCGCGACGCCCUCACUCCGGGCGGGCACAUCUCCACACAGGGCGAGUGCCUCUGGAUCCACCUUGACCUCAUCCAGGACCUCCUUAAGACGACCCGCUCGCUCUUCCCUGUUGCAGAGUACGCGUACACGACCAUCCCAACCUACCCUUCCGGGCAGAUCGGCUUCAUGGUCGCGUCCAAGGAGGCGGGGCGCGACCUGUCAAAGCCCCUCCGUGAGGUGCCAGGCACGCGCUACUAUAACGCCGAGGUCCAUAGGGCCGCGUUCGUCCUCCCCGAGUUCGGACGGGCGCUGCUCAAGGAGGGCAAGGAUGUGCGCCCCAAGUUUGGUGCGAGUGCGUUCACGGGCACGCCGUCAAAGAAGGUCCUUCUUCUCGGAAGUGGCGCCGUCGCGCGUCCUUGCGCCGAGUACGUCGUGCGCAACCCGAACAACGCGCUCACUAUCGCCUGCCGCACUCUGAAGAGCGCAGAGGCGCUCGCUGCCGACCUCCCGAAUACGACUGCGCGCUCGCUCGACGCCGGGUCCGAGGACCCCGCGAAGCACGCCGCGCUCGAGCAGGCCAUCGCGGACGCGGACCUCGUCAUCUCGCUCGUGCCGUACACGUACCAUGUGAACGUGAUCAAGGCCGCAAUCAAGGGUAAGACGAACGUCGUGACGACGAGCUACAUCUCCCCUGGCAUCCGCGCACUCGAGGAUGAGAUUAAGCAGGCGGGGAUUGUGGUCAUGAACGAGAUUGGCCUUGACCCGGGCGUGGACCACCUGUAUGCGGUUAAGACUAUCGACGAGGUGCACGCCAAGGGCGGAAAGAUCAAGGAGUUCCACUCGUACUGCGGCGGCCUCCCCGCGCCCGAGUGCUCCGGGAACCCGCUCGGUUACAAGUUCUCCUGGUCCCCGCGCGGGGGCCUCCUCGCUCUCCUGAACGACGCGUCGUACCUCGCGCGUGGGCAGCAGGUCGACGUCCCGGGCAAGGACCUCAUGAGCGUCGCAAAGCCGUACUUCAUCACGCCCGCAUUCGCGUUCGUCGCGUACCCGAACCGGAACUCGGUGCCGUUCCGCGAGUUCUACGCGAUCCCGGAGGCGGAGACGGUCGUGCGCGGCACGCUGCGCUACCAGGGCUUCCCGGAGUUUGUGCGCGCACUGAAGGCGCUGGGGUGGCUGGACCUGGAGAGGAAGGAGUGGCUGAAGGAGGGGCUGACGUGGGCGGAGGUCUUCCAGCGUGCGAUCGGCGCUCAGGACGCGAAUGAGAGCACGCUCGUCGCGCGCGUGAGGGAGAUCUGCGCGUUCCCCGACGAGGGCGAGGCGCACCGGAUCGUCUCCGGCCUGCGCUGGAUCGGGCUCUUCUCGCAAGAGAAGGCGACGGUGCGCGACGGGAACUUGCUUGACACGCUCUGCGCUCAGCUGGAGACGCUCAUGGCGUACGAGCCCGGCGAGCGCGACCUCGUCAUACUCCAGCACAAGUUCAUCGUCGAGUGGGCGGAUGGCAAGACGGACACAAUCACCUCGACACUCGAGGCGUACGGGAACCCGUCGGGCCACUCCGCGAUGGCGCUGUACGUUGGGGUCCCGUGCGGCAUCGCUGUGCAGCUCGUGCUAGAUGGCAAGAUCAACACCCCUGGGGUGCUCGCGCCGUACUCGAAGGAGAUCUGCGACCCCAUCCGCGAGAUCCUUGAGGCGCAGGGGAUGGGCCUCGUCGAAAAGGUCUUGUGAGUCGCAAAAUUUAUGACUUAAGGUCCGAGAUAUAGUUUCGAAGUGGGGUGAGUCGGGAGAAGGAAAACGGGUGCGCCGUAGAUUGUACUAUUCCUGCUUUGCUUUGUAUCACAAUACUGAAGACGCCCUAAUUAUAACAAAGGGGUGUGACACCGUGACAUAAAAAUUGGCCCUAUGGCAGGUACUCUAACAAAUUUUGGCUUUCAAAAGCCCAGUAAAUGGUGCAUCUAUAAAGGUUGUAGAUGGUCACAGGCAAAACAGGCAUAUUCAGC